AUGAGCGAACGCGUCGACAUCCCGCCGCCGUCCGCGCCCGCGGCGACGCCGCCGCGACGACGACCGCGCGACGCGUCCGUGCCGUCGACGCCGCCGAGCAACGGCAAGCCGCGCCUCGCGAGCGCCGGCGGAGGAAAUCAUGCGGCGAAGACGACGACGCAUUAUUCUGGCGAACUGCGCGUGUUCCGCGACGACGACGACGACGACGUAUUCGACGACGACGACGCGCGCGACGACGCGGAAAACGCGCCGCGGGCGUCGUCGUCCUCGGGGGCGUCCUCCGAGGGCGACGAGGGGAUCGACGGCGUCGCGGCCGCGGUCGACGAAUCCAUCGCGCUCGCGAGGAUGCUCGAGGAGCAAGAGCGCGCGUACUUCGCGCUCGGCGGCGGCGACUACGACGCCGCCGCGGGCGUCGUCGGCGGCGCCGCCGACGAAGGCGAAGAGGACGAGGACGAGUCCGUCGCGCUCGCGCGCGCGCUGAUGGAAGAAGAACGCGCGCAGUGGCGCGCGCGGAUGCUCCAGAUGGCCGGACACGCCGUGGACGAGGAGACGGGCGUCGUGUACAGCGACGACGACGGCGUCGACACGGACGCGAUGACGUACGAAGAUCUGACCGCGUUGGGCGAACGCAUGGGGACGCAGGCACGUUCAGGGUCUCACACUGGUUUCCAUACGACCCCGUUGGCGGGCCUGCCCGACGACGUCAUCGACGCGCUGCCGGUGGAGCCCUGGUCCUCCGUGCUGUCGUCGAAACGGCGUGGCGGUAAUAAUUAUGACACGUCAGCGAAUCAAGAGGAGAAUCGGAUGGACGACGAUAGCCAAUCGGAGGACUGCGCGGUGUGCCGGAUGGCGUUCGAGGAGGACGACGCGGUGACGACGCUGCCGAGGGUCCCUCGCUUUCAAUCCCGACACACCUCGACGCCUUUCAACUCCGCUUCUGACGCCUUUCAACUGCACCCCGAUAUCAACGCUCGUGUGGACGAUUACCCUCAGUACCACGCGGAGUGCCUGCGGCCGUGGCUGGAAGAUAACCGGUGCUGCCCGAUGUGCAAGCGCGAGAUCUCGGACAAGACGAAGUGA